UAGUUUCGAUAUCUCGAGUUCUUGCGCGUCCUUAUCAAUAUGAGGAUUUUUACAAAGACCCAGUACCUGAUGUGAACAAUCGUCACCAUCCGAAAAUUCAUGAGCAACUUAAUCUUCCAUACUGGCUUAAAGUUGUUCUUACAGUUAUUUUAGUUCUACUAGGUGGUUUGUUUGCGGGGUUGACGCUGGGAUUGAUGAGUUUAGAUGAAACAAAUCUUCAUAUUCUUGCUACGUCUGGUGACGCUCGACAACGGAAAUUUGCUUCACGAAUUAAGCCUAUACGUAAAAAUGGGCAUAUGCUUCUGGUCACUCUUCUUCUUGUUAAUGUAUUAGUCAACGAAACACUUCCGAUAAUCAUGGAUGACGUGAUGGGCGGCGGCGGUAUAACAGCAAUUUUAGUUUCUAGCGUUCUUAUCGUUAUCUUUGGGGAGAUUAUUCCACAAGCUAUUUGUUCUAGAUAUGGACUUGCCGCCUGUAAGAAUAUUGAUGUGGCUGACCCAAAAUUAUUGGAUAAAGUUCUCGGUGAAAAUCAUGGUAUAAUUUAUCGCCGUGCGGAAUUGAAGGAAUUAAUUAAUUAUCAUGGAUCUUCUACUAAACAUGGGGGUGAUCUUGUUACGGAUAGCGUCACAAUUAUUCGUGGAGCACUUGAUCUUCAAGAUAAAGCAGUCGAAAUUGCGAUGACACCGAUUGAUAAGGUUUACAUGUUACCUAUAGAUACUGUCAUGGAUAGAAUAACCAUGCGAGAGAUUUAUUCAACAGGUCACUCAAGGAUUCCCAUAUUUGGAGGAUCACGUCAAAAUAUCAUUGGCGUUUUGCUGACCAAGUCCUUAAUAAUGUAUAGUCCAGAUGAUGCUCGUUCGUUAAAAACCUUUCCUAUAAAUACCAUUCCUACAGUCUCAGCCGAGACACCUUUAUUUGAUAUUUUAAAUACAUUUCAAGAUGGCAGAAGUCACAUGGCCAUUGUGGUUAAAGGGGAGGAAAAUAAGCCUAUUGGUAUAAUAACAUUGGAAGAUGUUCUUGAAGAAUUAAUUCAAGAAGAAAUUUAUGAUGAGUCGGAUACACGAAUUG